GAUAUAAUACACUGGUAUAAGAGCAUACACAACAAUGAGCAGGUAUGGGGGCUACCAACAAAAUGAUGGACGGUAUCACCCCACAAACUUGUGCAAUGUGAUAGUCAUAAUGUGCAACUAUGCGGUUAAUUCAGAUUCAUCGCGAAAUAGAUACUGUUUAGCAACAAGAGCAAAUAGACGCUCGGCGUAUGGUACUUCAUCCCUUCUUUUUCUAGGCUUUUGAUUCAGCGAUAUAUAUAAACCAAGGGUAGUCUUACUAAGAUUUUUAGUUUAUCGCCAAAAAAUGUCUGGAUCACAUAAACCUAAUAAAAGAUCCAGUGAUUUUAGUAUUGCUCGUAUUCUUGCACGUAGUUCACGUAAAACCAAUGAGUUGCCAAACUUAAAUAUAAUCACCACGCGAUUGACAGAAAACAGAAUACAUAUUCCAGAAAAUUUUAAUGUUACAAGUCAAUUUCAUUAUGAAUGUAAUCAAUCAAUUGAUGACACGAGUACGGGUGACAAUAGAGAUUUGUCGAGGACGAAAUUAAAAUUAGUUGCCAGUGAAACAGUUUGUGCAUCAUCAUCUUCAUCGGUAUCAUCUACAAGUGAAUUAAUUAAAUCAGUUAAUGAUAAGUGUGAAUUACCUCGUGAAAAUAAUGAAUUAAUUCCGAGUAAAAAUCUUUCUUGGCUUCAGUGUACACGUUAUCGGCCACCAAAGCUGCCGAGAAAAUCAUUAGCCGGUAAAAUUUGUAAAAGAAAACCAGCGACUCAUCCGAGAAUUCCAUUCACCUCAAUUCAAUUGCAAACCCUUGAAGAGAAAUAUAAAAAAAAUGCUUAUCUAUCACGUAAAGAUGUUGUGCAAUUAUCAACAAUCUUACGUUUACCUCACAACCGAAUAAAAAUAUGGUUUCAAAAUCGUCGAGCGCGAGACAGAAGAGAAACCCAAGUAACCAGUAGUUAAAUUUAAAAUAAUUAAAU